GAGAUGGAGGUGGGCUGCAUGGCCUUGCUGGCUGCCUGGGGCACGGGGGCUGUAUUGGCCAGCGUGCGGGCUCCUACUUACUGCCCCCCAGCUCCCCCAUGGACCCAAUGUGCUCUGUGGUAGUGCCAUGGCCAGGGGCUGUCAGGCUGCUGAGCCACCCUGGCUCCACUCUCUUAGGCGGCUUUGCCCCAUGCAUGACUGGGCUUGGCCUUGGCCUGGGAGCUGGCGCGCCGGGGGUGGUGCCAGGGCUCUGCUGGAAGGGUGUUUGGGUCUCAGGCUGCACAGGGGCCACGUGCAGCCUUGUGGGAGCGUCAGCCCCUCGAGGGACCCUGGCACUUGCUUAUGGGGCACAAGGAGGCGCAGCUGCACCACUUGCUCCUUCUCCCUCUGAGGUGGCUGGCUGGGAGCUGAGCCAUGCUGGCAGAGCCAGGCCCUGCAAGAGGCUGCACAGAGAGCAACGGGCCGAAAGGAUUCCCAGGUGCUGACGUGGAGGGGGAUGCUGUCGCGGAGAAGGCAGCUCUGCUCCCUGCCCGCCGCAAGGGCCCUGCUGCCCCCGGCCCCAGGAGGCAGCGGCAGGAAGGGCUCACAGCUCCUCCGAGCGAUGGGCGCACCCGGCGCAGCAGUGGCUGCUACCCUCUCAACCCAGAGCGCCUCAAGCAGAGCAGGCUGUACGUGGAAAGAGCCGUCAAGCAAAGGAAGAUCUUCAUGCUGCAUGGCCCGUACCCUGUGAUCCGGAGACUGCUGCGCAGCCGGGGCUGGGUGGAGAAGAAGGCCCCCAAGGCGGCACACAGAUGGGAACGAGUGCCCGAGGGCGAGGAGGAUGGGGAGGGGGACGACAGCGACGGAGCCGAGGAGGACGAGGAGGGUGAGGAAGAGGAGGAGCAGGAUGAUGACCCUGAUGGCACCUACGACCUCAUGUCGCGGCUGGUUCGCAACCAGAUGCCCUAUUUCAUCUGGACUAACCGGCGAGAUGCCAUUGACUGCCGCUUCCUGCGCAAGGAGCAGGUGAUGAACCACUACGCCAAGGCGGGCUCCUUCACCACCAAGGUGGGGCUGUGUCUGAACCUGCGGAACCUGCCUUGGUUCGACCAGGCCGAUGCCGACACCUUCUUCCCCCGCUGCUACCGGCUGGGUGCUGAGGAUGAGAAGCAUGCCUUCAUCGAGGAUUUCUGGCUCACUGCUGCCCGGAGCAUCCUCAAAGUGGUGGUGAAAAAGUACUGGAGCUCAGCUGCCCGGGGGGCUGGGGCAGCGGCGGCUUCCGGCGCACAGGGGCCCGUGAAGGCCGGCGAGUCCGCAGAGUCCCUGAGAGGGACUGGCAGAAAGAAGGCCAGCCCCCUGCCACCGCAGCUCAUCGAGACAGCCCUGCAGGCCUGCGAGGAGCACCUGAGCAGCCUGACGCACCAGGAUAUCGACAGGGAGCCCGAGUCCCCUCUGUGCAUGAUGGGGGCCCGCCGGGGGGACUUCCUGCGCACCUACUAUCAGGUGAUUCACGAAGGGGCACUCCUGGAGCAGCUGGGCUCCCAUGUCGAACGGUGCGAGCACGUCCUGCAGCGCCUGGCCGAGGUGCUCCCACAGCUGGAGAUGGAGGGGGACCGCAAUAUCUGGAUUGUGAAGCCAGGCGCCAAGUCACGGGGCAGAGUCUGGGGCAGCCCCACGCCCCACAUGCUGCAUGCCAUGAGGCUGCUGGGCGCCCCCAGGAAUCACCUGCAUGGACCGCCUGGAGGAGAUGCUGAAGCUGGUGGAUUGCGACCCCAUGAUCGUGAAGGAUGGCAAGUGGGUGGUGCAGAAAUACAUCGAGAGACCCCUGCUCAUCCACGGCACCAAGUUCGACCUGCGGCAGUGGUUCCUGGUGACGGACUGGAACCCGCUCACCAUCUGGUUCUACCGAGACAGCUACCUCCGCUUCUGCACGCAGCCCUUCUCCCUGCACAACCUGGACACAGGCACUACGAGAACUCGCUGAGCCGCCACCCCCAGCUGCCCCCUGACAACAUGUGGUCAUCGCAGCAGUUCCAGGCCCACCUGCAGCAGGCGGGGGCGGAAGGCGCCUGGCAGGAGGUGAUCGUCCCGGGCAUGAAGGCAGCCAUCAUCCACACCAUGCAGACCUCCCAGGAUGUGGUGGAGUUCCGCAAGAGCAGCUUUGAGCUAUACGGGGCAGACUUCAUGUUCGGGGAGAAUUGCCAGCCCUGGCUGAUUGAGAUCAACGCCAGCCCCACCAUGGCGGCAUCCACGGCCGUGACCAGCCGGCUGUGCGCCAGCGUUCAGGACGACACACUCCGUGUGGUCAUUGACCGCAAGCACGACCGCAGCUGCCACACGGGGGCCUUUGAGCUCAUCUACAAGCAGGCGGCUGUCGACGUGCCCCAAUACGUAGGCAUAAGCCUUUUGGUGGAAGGAUCCACUGUCAAAAAACCACGGCCUCCAAACCACAGACUCUCCCCCGGUGCCAGCCCCAGGACGGGCCCCAGCGUGCCCAGCUGCCCGCAGCACUCCCAAGCACUCCCACAGAGCUCCCCUCGUGGGCCCAGGCCCCCUGCGCCAGUCAGCGGCAAGGAGAACAGAGCCAGGGAGCUGGGGGCACCCAACAGGGCCUCUGCUGCAGCUGGCACCCGGCUGAAGCUGCCCAGCAAGGUGCGAGCAGAGCCAGGCAAGAGGCUGCUGGAGCUGCACAGCACAGCCACCUCCCCGCUGGGGGACAAGCUGGUGCCGCUGGGCCAGCCCCGGUUCUGUCCCAAGUGCAGCUCCCAGGUGCCAGGCCCCAGCCCCAGGGCACCCCCACGGCUGCAGCUCAGCAAGGCCACCGGCCCGAAGGGGCAGCUGCACAUGCGGGACUUACGCACCUUCCAGCUGGGCUGUGGGCAUGCGGCUGCCCCUACUCACCCCCCUGCCUGUUCUCCAGGGAAGCCCAGUGUGCCAGAGCACCAGUGGGGACAGGCUCAGGCUGCGCUGCGGGAGCGGCCCCCAGCCCCUCCUGCCAGGCCUGGCCAGCAGUGUGCCAGGGGCUGGCUACACAGGGCCCCCCACCUAGCCUCCGCCCCGGAGCUUGGGGCCUUGCACACGGCCGCGGGCAGAAGGAAGCAGAAGAGAGACAGGAUGUGCAGGUGAUGGAGGGAGCUGCCCCUGGGGCUGCUGGCAGCAGUGAGGGAGUCAUGCCAGGGGCUGGUGCCCUCCAAUAAAGGGAUCAAGAGAAGGAGCUGGAGUUCGUGAUGUGGGCAGGAAAUGCAACCUGGUGCUGCCUUCACCCGGGGGGGGCAGCUGGCAGGGCUAGGGGAGGGGGCCCUGGGGCCAGCUGCAGGCAGCACAGGUCCCACAUCUCAAAUGAGCCCCAGCCCAGGGGGCAGCCCCCCUUUCCCCUUGCCUUUGGCACACAGGGUUGCUGCUUGGUUUCUCUGGCCUGUCUCUCCUUCCCACAUCUGCCCAGCUCCACAGCUAGUGCAGCACUCUCCCCUGUGCUGGGGGGCGGGGGGCAGAGCUGGGCACCACCCUGGACAGAGGGCCAGGAGCUGGCACUGCCCUGGCAGAAGCGGUGAACAGGCCCUGAGGCAACAGGUUUCAGGGCAUAGAAUAGGGAGCAAGGCCUGUGGCCCAGCUGAACAGGGCUAGGCCCUGGGGGUGGACUGGCCAGACCCAGCCAGUGCCCCCCACUUUGGGCCUUGCCCCUGCCUAUUUCUCUUUCCUUCCCAGGCCCCCCAGAGACGCACAGGCUCCCAGGCCUCUGCUGCUGUGCUGGAAACCCCUGGGCGGGUUUGCACCUGCUCAGUGGCUGGUCCCACCCUGGGAGCAAGGCAGCCACCUCCAGCAGUGAACCCGAGUGCCCUCCUCACCUGCUCUGAGGCCAGGACUGGCCUUAGCUGGGGCCCCACAGCAGCAAGGGGCACUGGGGGUUGCCCCAUUCUGUUGGACUGGGCCUGUGAAACCAUCCGGGAGGGGGGGCUGGGAGCACAUCUGAGGGCACCUGGCACUGCAGAAGGCGGAGGAGCCCCCCCAGGGACCCCACCCAGAGAGUGGAG